AGUUUUUCCUCCUUCCUGCAACAUAGAAAAGAAUUUUCUCUCUUUAAAUUACCUUGCGGGAUAUUUACAACCGAAAACAGCAGAAGGGUGCCUUAUGUCUAACUUAGUCCAAGAAAGAGAAAUUCAUAUCAUUGAAUUAAUCACUCCAAAUUCCAAUCCACACAGUACUUUCCAGGUGGAUAUAAUCGUUGACAUUAAACCAUCUCAACCAGGCGCCAAACUUGUCAGAGACGUCGUACUUAUCCUCAAGUGUAAGAAGUCUGUCAACUGGGUUAUCAAGUCGCAUGAUGUCCAAGGAAAGCUGGAAGUGAUUACAUCAAACAGUAUUGGUUUUGGAAAGGAAACAGAACGAUCCAUGGCUAUGAGUAAAUCGGUAGUACCUGGUAUUCCCUCAUCUCAUGAGAGUUUGAUCAAGUGGGCUUAUGAGCAUAACUAUAGUCCUGUUACUUCCUACACAAAAGCCCCUGUUGCUAACAGAUUUCAUCUGCAACUUGAAGAUAUGGAAGAGAUGAAUGAUGAAGAAGACCAUUCCCUUCCUCCAGAGCUGACGGAAUUGCUUGGUGCUAACCCACUGCCUGCCCCAAAGAAUCCUGCAUUAAGUGAUGGCCUGGCUUUUCCUUUUCACAUUAACAGAGGAAGGCAUGACACAGUGGGAGAAGGAAUCUUCCCAUCCAGGGGUUCAGUGGAUGCAUUAAUAAAUCAUGACUUUGAGCAUUCCUUCUCAAAACAUAAAGAACCUGAAGAAGUUCAGGGCAGUGCUGAUGUGGCCCUGUCAAUAAAGUGUGAUAACAAAGUCAUGACAGUAGCUGUAGAAAAAGACUCUCUGCAGGCCAGCGGCUACACGAGGACAGAACUUUCGCUGCUCGAUCACUCUUGCAAAGCCAGGAUGAAUGGUACCCAUUUCAUUUUGGAAUCUUUGCUGAACAAAUGCGGGACUCGGACGGCAUAUAUCCUGAACAAGAUUGUUUAUUUUAACUCUAUUGUCAUUCAGCUGUCAUCACCAGCUGAAAGCAGCGGCUUUGAUGAUGAUGACAUGGAAUCAGGUGAUAAUGGAUUUCCAGGAGAUGCUGAUGAGGUAGACGUUGCUUUCUCAAGCUGGCCAGAAAUAGCGUUUAAUUGCACAAUGCGCCAACCAGAGGAUGAGAGAGGCAUCUUGUGGCCACCUGAAACGCACAUCACCAAUGUGACCUUCAACAUGGAGCUGUACAAAACGGACCUGUUCCUUGCACCCUCCCAAGGACUCUUUUCUGUUGCUGAGAAUGGGCCAAUAUAUGUAGAGGUGUCUGUGACUAAAGCUGACAGAUCCUUGGGCUUUGCCAUUCAAACAUGCUUUGUUUCCCCAUUUUCAAAUCCAGAUAGAAUGUCUGACUACACCAUUAUAGAAAACAUUUGUCCUAAAGAUGAAUCUGUUAAAUUCUACAGCAUUGAGAAGAUGAACUUUCCAAUAUCACAUGCACAGAAGGACAAAAAGAGAUUUAGCUUUGUGUUUAAACCAAUGUUCAACAUCUCACUGCUCUUUCUUCACUGCGAGUUGACUUUGUGUACAAAUAAAGACAAAGAUACUCAAGGACUGCCAAAGUGCAUUCCUCCUGAUGAAGCUUGCACCUCUCUCAACGUGGAUAUGAUCUUGGCCAUGAUGCACAACAAGAAAACCUUCACCAAGCCCCUUGUUGUAAUAACACAUGAAGGGAAAUCUGAAG